AUGCAAAUAGAGGAAGAAUUGCUUGAAAUAGGAGCUUUUGAAGAAAUGAACAACGGGUUUGAGAGAGAGGUUGGUUUUAUCAAUAGUGAACCAUCGCUUGCCGAGUGUCUGACAUCCUUUCCUCCUGUUGGCGAGACAUUUCAAAGUUCAUCAAUCAAGAACGCGACGCUUUCACAUUCGACACUGAUUCCUCCUCCUUUUGAGCAGAGCUUCAGAAGCUUGGACCAUGGUAACACAAAACAAAAUGAGAAAACGCACACUUCAAAAAGCAUUGGUCGGGCCACGUUAGGGGACAAACCUCUGGAAUAUCCGUGGAUGAGAGAAAAGAAAAGCCACAAGAAAAAAACUGUCCAAGCAACGGGAUCAUUCUCAUCUUGUUCUUCUAAUGAAGAAAAUGAAGAGCUUAAUGAGCCGGACAACGGGAGUCCUUUUGACAGCUCCAGGAGACUACGAACCACUUACACAAACACUCAGUUGUUGGAGCUGGAAAAGGAAUUUCAUUAUAAUCGCUACCUUUGUAGACCACGGAGGGUAGAAAUCGCAGCUCUUCUCGAUCUAACAGAAAGGCAAGUCAAAGUCUGGUUUCAGAACAGACGCAUGAAACACAAAAGACAAACUCGAUUCAAACAAAGCCAAAACGCCGAUUCAAAGCGCCAUUUUGCUAACAGUGUUAAUCAGAGUGGGUUUUCCACAAGAAGCUUUGCUGAGACACCUGUAAAUAAAACUUUGAAUUCGUUAGAGAGCGACAAAAAUGCUGAGCAAGAUCUUAGCGAUUCUGCUCAUCAAGAUACAUUAAGCGAUAUCAGCAGUGACCUGCUCAGUGUUAUUGGCACUUCUCUGAUCUGCACUGAGGAAACCCAUAGUCAUUAUUUCCCACAGAGCUCAGAUGAAACUGACUCCCUGCUAACUAUGCUGAAAAACUGCUCGGCUGGAACGAGUCCUAGCAGUCCAGAGAGUUUCAGCAUCCCAUCUCUGGAGGAUUUAGACAAAAUUACAAUCGAACCACGUUUAGAUCUAAUAGAAGAAUUACCUCAACUGUCUUUGUUGGAAAACGAGGACACACUAGUUAUUCCAUCCAACCUGUUUGACUUUAUAAGUGACAAUUUUAACUCAAACGAUUUUCAGCAAUUGCAGUUUUAG